AUGUACCUUAUCUCGCCUCCCCUUCCGCGUGGAGUCUCCGCUGUGCAGUUCAACAUCACAAGCCAUGACCAAGGAUGGUGCAGCGAUAGAAGUCAGGGCAUCUGGUCAUGGUUCGAUGUAUCCAUCUUGGGCUGUUCUUCCGAGCGAGAUGGUGAAGACCCUUCUUCCUUUUUUUCUGACUUGUCGGAUCAUCCUUCAUCAUAUCUCAAGGCUAGACCCGAAGAUUUCCGCCAAGUUCUGCAGGACCAGAGCUUGCAUUUCAAGCACAUCCCCAAAGGAGAAGUCUCAGACCCAGCCAAGCCGGGGGCCAUUGCGAAGCGGGUGGCUUCGAAUAAGAUCCAGAGGUCCUGGCAACAACAUAUUAUAUUCUGGAGACUGGAAGAUGGUGGUGAGGAAGCUGAUUUCCUGUCCUGUCUUGAAGAAGGGGAUCGUUUGGUGGUUUGGGCUCGCACGCAGUUCUCUGGAUGGAUUAAUUGUGUGAAAGAUGUGGAGAUAAAGGUCUCGGUUGAUGAGACGACUCUUGUUACUAUUCCUGCAAGCGGUAGUGAUUCUGAAAUGCGUCAAGAGGGCACGGUCAAUGCCGGUUUGUGA